CAUGUAUUGAGCAUAAACAGCAUAAUCUAAAGUGAAAAUAAAUUGACACAGAUGGCAUAGGGCACAAGCGCGAAAGAUACAUCGAUGUAUUCAAUUAAAUCGGCAUCUCCGCUCGUCAAAUUCAACUGUGUCCCUAGCGCGAUUAGCAGGUAAGGUCAGCUCUAACAUUACAAGCGUCGUAGUGAGGGUGGCAAUAGUAAUGGAGAAAGCUGGCCAGGACUGUCAGGAGCACGGUUAUUGCCAACUUCUGAAUUCGAAGGUCCGUUCUGAUCAAAGAUUAACGGACAUCCUUGCCCGUGUUCAUAGGGGUCUGCGUGUGAUCGAGAAGGGGAUUGUAUUUGUAGGGGUCGAAGCCAUCCCGACGAUUGGUAGGAACAGCCAGCCCCAUUUGCAUUACCGAGAUUGAUAUACGCUUUGUUGAAGGCUGAUAUAGCCUCGUGCCCAUUGCGAUG